AUGCAAUUCUUCAAGUUGACCGGUCUUCUUCUGGCAGCAGUCUCUGCCUCCGCGGCAAGCUCCGGUUGCGCGCCAACAUCCUCCGAUGCUAAGGUGCUCGAGUUCGCCUGGGGUCUCUCCGACUUCAUCGGUGGCUACUAUAACUCUACCGUGAAUUCGACCUUUUCCAGCUCUAGCAAUGCGACCAUUGCCGCCUAUAAAAAGGUUCUCUUCGGUGUAGAGAAGGAGAACACCCUUGGAAGCGAAGCUAUUGAGAAAGUCGCCCAAAAGGCCCCUGGGUUCUCGGAACCUCAGUGCACUUUCCAAUUCCCCCAGGUCAACACCACUCAGGCCUGGGCCUACUACGCCUACCAAUUUGAAGCUACUGUCACCGGUGCUUUCAUCGGUCUUGCCGGAUACACUCAAUCCCCCGAGGUCUCUUUCCUCCUCGCACGUCUGGCUGCCUCUCACAGCGCUCACGCUACUCUGAUCGGCAGCAAGGUCAACUCAACCUUGUUUGCCCAGAACGCUACUUCUCUCGUCGGAGCAUAUGGACCUGCCCAGAUCCUUUCUACUCGCAACCAAACCGGUAGCCUUGGCCAGUACCUUGGUGACUGUCUCACAACCCCAUCAAGCCCCUGCGGUAGCCUGAAGAUCGGUCCUUUGGAUGCCACUCCUACCUCCUCCAUUGUUGCAGGAACCUCCUCUGCUUCCAGCUCUGCAAGCAGCUCGGCUGCCGCGAAGAAGCACCACUAG